GCUUAACUGCCCGGAAACGGAAGUUCGUUCUUUUGCGUGGUCUUCUGUUCUCUCCGGUGGCUGUCUUUCUGUCGGUAGAGAUCCGCGCCCUCUGAGCGCCUCGUCGCCAUGCCUCGAAAAAUUGAGGAAAUCAAGGAUUUUCUACUCACAGCCAGGCGGAAGGAUGCCAAAUCCGUCAAGAUAAAGAAGAACAAAGAUAAUGUGAAGUUUAAAGUCAGGUGCAGCAGAUACCUUUACACCUUGGUCAUCACAGACAAAGAAAAGGCAGAGAAACUGAAGCAGUCCCUGCCCCCAGGCUUGGCAGUAAAGGAGCUGAAAUGAACCAGCCAGACUGAUGUGAAGUGUAUUAAAAAGCUUUGAAAUUCUA